UUAAUCGUAUAAAUACUGGGAACUAUAUUCUCACUAGGCGUAGGAACACAGCUAACGUUACUUAGUGGCUACUUGGAAGCGCCUUGGUGAGGAGCAGAGAGUUCGCUCAGAGUUGGAGUAAUAGAGUCAGCAAUUACUAUAUAGUAAAUUUAUAGUUUACAAUCGGGGUGUUCACUGUAUAGUAAAGAGCUGCGACAAUAAACAGAGACCAGGUAAUACUAUGAUGUUUCAUAGAAUUCCAACCAAAAACGCUGACCUGAUGAAUCGAUGGCUACUUGUUCUGGGUAUAGUUCCAAAACACACCUGUAAACACCAUCACAAAGUAUUUCGUUUGCUCUGAACAUUUUACUGUAGACGACUAUUUUGAAAAAAUGCAAGUUGCCACAAGGACCAUGAAACGUGUGCUAAAGGAUACAGCCAUCCCAUCGAUAAUAAAGACAGGACAAAUUGGAUUACCUGUUGCUGCGGUGAGUGUUCCGUUAUGUUUUGAGAUGACUAACAUUAGCCAUACUUUAACAGUGCCAUGCAAUAUAACCUUAGUAGUAGGGAUUAGAGUUGUUCCGAUUCCGAUACCAGUAUCGGAAAUGCCUCCGAUACUGCCGAAUAUGCUGGCAUCGGAAUCCGCGAGUACUGGAGUCCAGGCACCGAUCCGAUACCAUAUAAUUUAUUAGAAAUAGGAAUCUAUUUACUGAUUAGCUCCGUUAGCUUACAGUUUUUCUUCGCCGCUCUUAAAACAGUUGCUCUGUGUUGCCAUCGGCAGCUACUGUUGUUUUCGAGGGGCGAAGAAGAACUGACCACCUGACUCCUCCCUUAAAAGGAGCUAACCAUAGAGCUAACGUUAACGCAUCAUGUCGGCAGUUUGGCAGUACUUUACAGUGGAUUUUCCCACCAGUAAGACGGCGAAAUGCAACAUAUGCAAAGAAGGAAUUUCGAGGGGUGGCAGGAAUGUUGCAAAUUUCAACACCAGCAACUUAAUCAAACAUUUGAAGACACGUCACACUAAAGAGCAUGACGAAUUCACCAAAGCUAAGGGUAAAAAAAAGGACGAACUGCAGCAGCAAACUCUGGAAACUGCCUUCCAGCGACGAGAUAAAUUCACCAAAGACAGCCAAAAAGCAACAAAGAUAACCGACAAAAUUGUGGAGUUUAUUGUCCUGGAUGACCAACCCCUGUCUGUCGUCGAAAAUGUUGGAUUUCGCCGCUUAAUGGAGCAUUUGGAGCCAAGGUACUGUUUGCCAGGUCGUAAAUAUAUCUCUGAAACUGCGCUACCCAAAUUAUACGAGACAGUUAGGGAACACAUUUUGUGUAUGCUGAAAGACGUGCAUGCAAUCAGCUUUACCACGGACAUUUGGAGCUCCGACGUGUGCCCCAUGUCUUUGCUAAGUUUAACGUCACACUGGGUGGACAGAGAGUCAACAUUUACCCCUCGAAGUGCGGUGCUGCACGCGAACGAGUUCCGAGGGUCACAUACUGGCACAUCAAUUGCCGAAGCAAUUGAGGAGAUGCUAGUAAAAUGGAAAAUCCCCAAGUCCAACGUUCAUGUUGUUUUGCGCGACAACGCUAGCAACAUGAAGAAAGCCAUGGACGAGAUGGAUGUAGCAAGUUUGGGAUGCUUCGCCCACACUCUCCAGCUGGUGGUGCAUGAAGGACUACUGUCACAGAGAAGUGUGAGUGAUGCACUGGCGAAUGGUAGGAAGAUAGUCGGUCAUUUCAAACACUCGCCACUGGCUACUACACGCCUGGAGGAAAUUCAAAAAGAUCUCCAAAUGCCCACCAAACGUCUGCACCAAGACGUAGCAACACGAUGGAACAGUACCUACUAUAUGGUCGAAAGUUUACUGGAGCAGAAGCGGUCAAUUUCAGCAUAUGGAGCUGACCACGACCUGCCAGUGACCCUUACAUCUUACCAGUGGGCUUUACUGGAGAAAAUCAUCAUUGUUCUGGCACCAUUUGAAGAACUGAUCAGACAGAUUAGCUCCUCCACCUCUUCUGCAGCUGAAGUCAUUCCCUCAGUCACAGUGCUGAAACGCCUGCUUGCUCGGGAGAACGAGGGGGACACGGGUAUAAAAACCAUGAAAACAACCCUUCUUGAGGCUGUCCAGAAAAGAUUCAAGACCAUCGAGAAUGAGCCCUUGUAUGCAGUUGCCACUCUUUUAGACCCACGAUUCAAAGACAGAUACUUCACAGGAGCAGACAGCAACAAGAAUGCCAAGGAUGCUCUGACCCAAGAGGUGGAGAAGAUGGAGGCAGCGUUACUGAGCAGGACCACACCUGAGGGAGCAGAGACAGUGCCAGAAAACCCCCAUAAAGCCCCACGUCUGGAAGCACAGCCAGACAGCAGCAGCAGCAGAAAGAGCAGCUUGAAAGGCCUGUUUGAGGAAAUCCUGCAGGAGCAUGAUGAGGAACGUGGGGCAAGUAGCACUAGCACACAAGUUCAAAAUCAAAUACAGACAUAUUUGACAGAGCAAACGGUCCCACGCUCAGACAGCCCAUUCCAGUACUGGGGAGUCAACCAAAUUCGUUUUCCCACCCUGGCUGCCACUGCUGCAAAGUUUCUCUGUGCUCCUUGUACCAGUGUUGACAGUGAGAGACUGUUCAGUGUAGCAUCCAACAUUAUUGAUGCAAGAAGGAACAGGCUAGGAGGAGAGAGGGCAGAAAUGCUCAUCUUCUUGAAGAAGAAUCUGCCUUUGCUCUUGAAAUUAUGAGCAAUACUAAAUUGCUUAAAUGCUACUGCAAUGUGUAGCCUACUUGGUGUAAAGUAUUUUUUGUUUAAUAUGUAGCUGCUACUCUUUUGAUUUGUAUUUUUGUUUAUGUUUACUUUAUAGGUUGGUGUUGCACUAUUGUUAAAUACUGCACUAUUUGAAGAUUUGAAUGCCUUUUUAUAACAUAAUGGCUGCACUUUAAGUUUUUUUUUUUAAAGGAAUCAUUGAAGUUGCUGUUGGACUACUGUUUUAUACUGUUCUAUUUAAAUGCCUUUUUUAUUUUACAAUAUUGUGGCUGCACUUUAUUAAAAAAAAAAAAAUCCUAUAUUUAUUUAGUUAAGUUGCUGUUGGACUACUGUUUUAUACUGUUCUAUUUAAAUGCCUUUUUUAUUUUACAAUAUUGUGGCUGCACUUUAUUUAAAAAAAAUAAUUAUUCCUAUAUUUAUUUAGUUAAGUUGUUGUUGCAAUACUGUUUUAUACUGUUCUAUUUAAACAUUUAAAUGCCUUUAUUUUACAAUAUUGUGGCUGCAGUUUAAUUAAAAAAAAAUAAUUAUUCCUAUAUUUAUUUAAGUUGCUGUUGCACUACUGUUAUACUGUUCUAUUUAAAAAUAAAUGGCUUGCAUUUCCUCUAUUCAUUCAUGUUUUACAAAGGGUUUAACCUGAGCCAGACCUUACCACAAUGAUAAUAUCACAGUUAUGCAGGCAUAGUAUGAUCUUUUCCUUUUUUUUUAACACACUGGUAUCGGUACUCGGUAUCGGUCGAUACCCAAAGCACGAGUAUCGGAAUCGUUAUCGGGAGGGAAAAAAUGGUAUCGGAACAUCUCUAGUAGGGAUGCACCGAUCAUGAUUUUUCAUGGCCGAUUCCGAUACCGAUUUUUUUACAAACAAAAUGGCCGAUUCCGAUUCCGAUACCGAUUUCCGAUUAUUAUUUUUUUAAGCAACAAACAAGAAAGAAGGAAAGCGUGCAUAAUGUUUAUUUGCUAUUUAAUAGGCCAAACUGGCUUUUGGCUAUUGAAAACAAUAACUGCAACCAUC